CACUUCACAACUAGUACGGCACCGGCCCACUAAGAAAGCGGACGCGCGCCGCACACUCCGGCGCGCGCAACACGUUUACGAAACUUACAAAUACAAACUUUUGCAGUGGACUGUGUUGACUGACUGUGUGAAUAGACAGUGCACUUCGAUAACGUGGGGGUGUGGGGCGGUUUUGGCGGGAGUCUGGAGCGAAAGUACCGCGGAGUGGCGGCGCGAGUGCGCCCUCUUUUACAUAAUAGUUGAUAACUAAAGCUUUCGUAAUUGUUGCGUGAUAACAGUAUAUCGUCAAUUACGAAGUCAGUGCUUCCCAAAGGAUGAGGUGUAAGCAUCAUUGGGAACGAUGUAUCGGUCCGAUAUUAAAAUCAACAGGAUGACGUUCACUGCGGCGCUGGUGUUGCUGUGCGCGGCAUGGGGCGCGCGCGGUGGACAGCCGGUGUUCGACCCCAGCACGCUGAUGCGGCUGGUCCUCGUGCCGGCAGAUGCCACCGUCGGCUCCGUCAUCUACCGCGUCCGCGCCUCCGACCCUGACUACGAUUAUCCGCUGCAUUUCGAACUUAUUGGUCAAAUGGGCCGCCUGGACAUCGGCAUCGAGUCACUACCUUGCACUCGUUACAACUCGGUAUGCCAAGCCAACGUGAUCCUGCUGCGGAGGCUGGAGCCAGGACGCUACGUGGACUUCAGACUGUCUGUUCGGAAUACUAGGGGGAGCUCUUCACGGAUAGCUUGCUCCAUCACUGGAACCAACGCUACCACGCCAAGGGACACUAUCUUUCCUCAUCAACCCAGUAUUAUAUUAGUGCCAGAGGAUGCAAAACGCGGUACCGACCUCGAAAUAGUGAUUGCGCGGAAAAAUCCACUCUCACCGAAGCCUUUGGAAUUGGAACUAUGGGGCUCGCCGCUAUUCGCAAUUCGACAACGUCGAGUAUCCACCGAGAACACAGAGGGAACCAUUUUUCUAGUCGGCCCAUUGGAUUUUGAAGCUCAGUCUAUGUACCAUUUGACUUUAUUAGCCGUGGAUCCUUAUGUAGAAAUAGGGAAGGAUACGCGAAAUAUCGCCGGCCUAGAGGUCGUGCUAGUAGUGCAAGAUGUACAAGACAUGCCUCCAGUGUUCACCGCUGCACCCCCCAUCACGCAUUUGCCGCGGCAAGUAGUUCCUGGUGAUAUGGUGGUGAAGGUCCGGGCUGAGGAUGGGGAUAAAGGUGCUCCAAGACCGAUCAGAUACGGUCUAGUAUCCGAGGGAAAUCCGUUCACGCCGUUCUUUAACAUCAACGAGACUACUGGUGAAGUAACUCUUGAACGGCCGAUUGAAGAAAUCGCAGCCAUAUCCCACGCUGGUGCGCCAAUACUCCUCACAGUGGUUGCCGAAGAGGUACGACUGUCGAGAGAAGAGCCCGAAGCUAUGUCUUCUACCGUUCAGCUCGCUUUCAUUCUUCCUGAACGAGAGAACUCACCGCCAUACUUCGAGAAUCAGUUCUACAUCACUUAUUUGGAUGAGAACGCACUCCAGGGCACUGCAUUAACUUUCAAUGAUCCCUAUAUCCCGCAAGUAAACGAUAAUGAUGCAGGCAAGAAUGGCGUUUUCUCUCUCACCCUUGUAGGAAAUAAUGGAACAUUCGAGAUAUCACCUACGGUAGCAGAGAGACAUGCUCAAUUCAUCAUCAAAGUCCGGGAUAACACUAUGUUGGACUUUGAAGCUCGCAAAUCUGUGAUAUUUCAGAUAUUAGCUCAAGAACUUGGUCCAGCAACAAAUCUCUCCGCGUUGGCUAAUGUAACUGUUUAUCUUAAUGAUGUCAACGACAAUCCUCCUGUAUUCUUAGCUCAAUCUUAUGAUGUAGAACUACAUGAAAAUGUCACUGCCGGUGUAAGAGUAACCCAAGUUGCUGCAGAUGACGUAGAUACGGGAUCUUUUGGAAAAAUCCAAUAUACUGCUAUAUUAGGAUAUCUAAAUACAUCGUUACAUUUAGAUCCAACAACAGGGUUAAUUACUGUAGCCACAAAUAAUCACGGCUUCGACCGUGAGGCGAUGCCAGAUUUGCAUUUUUUAGUAGAGGCUAGAGAUGAAGACGGAGUAGGUUUAAGAGUCACAGUGCCAUUAAUUAUUAAGUUAUUAGAUGUAAAUGAUAACCCACCAGAAUUUGAAAGAUCGCUAUACGAGUUUGUAUUAUCGCCAAGUUUGAAUAACUUCACUUCGGCGGCUUUCGUAAAAGCAGUUGAUAAAGACGCUGAGUCACCAAAUAAUGUAGUCAGAUAUGAAAUUAUACAAGGAAACUCGGAAGGAAAGUUUGCAAUUAAUGAGGAAACAGGAGAGCUGUAUCUUUUAGAAGCACUAAAAAGGACGAAGAAACAAAACAUUCAAAGACGAAAACGUCAAUUUGAAUCAGAUCAAGACAACGAUGUUUUUGUUUUAACCAUUAGAGCACAUGAUCUUGGAGAACCAAUGCUGUACUCUACUACAAUGGUCAAAAUAUACCCGCCAGAGAGCAAAACAAGAACAAUGUCAUUCAUAGUGCCUGGAGUAAAUCCUGAUAGAAAGAAACUAGAGGAGGUACUUACUACACUUUCUGGAGGAAAAGUGACUAUAAUUGAGAUUAAACCAUAUAAAGGACAAGAUAGUGGUACAACCGAUUUAAAUGGUCAAGAGUCUAGUCAAACAAAGAGUGAAGUAAUAGCCGUAGUGCGAAUGACAGGAAACACAGCUAUAAAUGUUGCAAAACUUCAAGAACAAUUGGCAAAGAAUGUAACGAUAUAUACUACUGGUAGUGGUAUCAAUUCUGGUGAAGCGUCUACUUCUGGUGGAGGAUCAGGUCCUAUUAGUGCCAUAAACCCUGGAGGUGGAACUAAUUCUGGAGGUUCAACUGGUAUUACAACAAAUACCAAUUCUGGGACUGGCAAUCCACAGACUAAUUCUGGGACAAUUAUUGGCCAUACAAACCAUGGAUCUACAGCUGAUAAUGGCGACUCUAAUCUCUACAGAGCUGAAAGCCGUCUGCUAUUCUGGCUAUUGAUACUACUGGCAAUAUUAGUAGCUUUAGUAUUACUUUUAUUAAUAUGCUGUUGUAUUUGUGAAGGUUGUCCCCUCUACAUGCCCCCAAGGAAAAGAGUGAUACGUGUCAACUCCACAGAGGACGACGUGCAUUUAGUGGUCCGGGACAAGGGACUUGGGAGGGAAAACAAGACGACGCAAAAUUUAGAAAAUAAAUCUAUACAAGCAACCGAGUGGAGGAGACGGGAGGCUUGGAGCGCAGAACAGGCAGACUUGAGAACAAAACCAACACAAUGGAAAUUCAACAAGAGAAAUUACAGAUCUAAAGAACCUUCGAAACCGGCUUCAACACCUGGCGAUCUGCAUCAAGAGUUUGUCCAUGCUGCUGAAGAUAAUGACUACCGAUACAAUAAUGCAAGACAGUCCUUUCGAAUGAGGGAUGGUCCUAACGUAAUCUACACUAAAGAAAUGCAACUUCAAGAAGCAUUUGCUAAUAAACACAAAGAAUAUAUUGAAGAUUUAGAAAACGGUUACGAUAGAAUCGCCACAUUACACUAUCAACGUAGAGAGCAGGAUAAUGAUUCUAUACGCAGACAUGAAAUUGAUCGAGGUUCCGAAGUUGGUGUCUUCCUCAAGUCUGAUGUCGAUAAAAAUUUAAAUGAUAAAGUUGAAAAUAGAGCCAAAAUAGAAUUUCAAGAAAAAGCACACGCUCAAUCUUCCCUUGGUAGAGAUCAAUAUUUUAUCAAAGAUGGCAAUACUGAAAUUCUAAGACUUGUAACAAGAGGUAAGAACGAAGAAGACAGAUAUGUUAAUCUUCCUAUACAUCAACAGAGACCAGUAACUCUCAUACCACAUACCCAGUAUGUUGUGGUUGAUAGUGGUAAAGAUCUACUUAUGGAAAGGUUUAUUAGAGAACAAGGUGAAGAAGCAAAGCAUAUAAGAGAAAGAAUGGAUAGAGUUACAACAGAUUUAGAUAAUGUUACAAGUGACAAGGAAGCCAAAGUUGUUUUUCAAAGGUCACAUGGAAUUGAUGCACCGAAUCAAUAUCACGAUUAUUCUAAUGUUCCUCCCGAAGUACCUGGUUCUGUUCCGCUGAAAACAGAUUAUUUGCAAUCCGCUUUAUUAGAAAUGCAAAAUAAAUCGUCAAUUCAUCAAGAGCUUUUAGAAUCAUCUUUAAGAAAACAAAACGAACUCUUACAUCAAAUACUCAUUGAACGGGAAAGAUUAUUGCAAAAUCAGGAAACUGCAUCCCAAGUAGAGAGCAAACUAGAAACUCAAAGCUUACCUGGACAUUCAGUGAUAGCUACUCAGACAGAAUGUCAUAUAGGUACACAAACUGAACCUCAAUUACUUAAGCCUACAAGAAGAAAAGCUAGAAGUGACAAUGACUCCUAUAGUGAAGACGAAUCACAAAUGGUAGUAGAAGACGAAACGAAAAAAGUCGCAUGGGUCAAAAGGAAAAAACCGAAGAAAAAAGUUAAAUAUAAGGAUCCUAGAAGAAGUAUCAGAGUAUAUGAUUUAAAAAGAAAAAUUAAAACCCCUAUUAUUGAAGAAAGUGAGGUAUCUCCGUCUUUAGAGAGUGAAAAACAUGUAAAAAUAAGUAAAACAAAUGAACGAGAAGAACAUAUAAAAAAUUACGGAGAUAGAACCAAGAGCACAGUAACGACAUCUAAGAAUGAAACAGUAUGUUCAACACAAAUCAAAUUAUCUGAAAGUGAUAAACAAAGCAGAUUAAGAAAAGAGAUUCUGAUGGAAAUAUCUGAUUCUCUAGAAGAAAAAGUGGAUUCUGAAACGAGUGAUAAAAGAUUAAGACUUCAGAGACAAUCUCCAGUAGAAGACGAUAUUUCUCCAAAACGUACUCUUGCUCUAGAACAUGAAAGUAGUAAAGACAGCGAACAAAAAAGUAGAAAUAGCUCUGCAUCAAAAGAUAAUCGUAAUUUAAUAUUUUCACGACAGGGUUCCUCUACUGAAGCACGAGAACUUGCAGAACAACCAAUAAAGUCACCAACUACGGAUGAAUUUGAUACUAAUAAUAAAAAAGGUAGUUCCAGUAAUGCUGAGUCUAGUAACAAGAAGAAUGAUGAAGGAAAUGAAUCUACAAAGUCAUCGGAAACUGGCAAGGCUGCACAGAAAAGCUUACCAAGAUACAUGCAAUGGUACGGCAAAAAAUCUUCAAGUACAGUUCCUAAACCGCCAUCAGAAAAGGUUAUUCCAAGUAAACCCAAAAGACCUUCCAAAUCAAAAAAUGAAAUAGAUAAAAAUGCUCAAAAAGAGGAGAAAUCAGGAAAAUAUGGUAAAAUUAUUAGUAAAGAUAACCUAAGUGAUAACGCAGAGGCAAAAAAAAACUCCAAAACAAAAGAAAGUGAAUUUAUUCAUCUUCGAUUACUAAAAGAGGAAAAAGUUACCCCAGUACCCGAAGGACCACUACCAGACGUUCAUCCUUUACUGCAGCAUUCUGAGCAUAGGUAUGAACAUCAGUACGAAAAUCAAAACCCUCUAUGUUAUAUACAACCUACACAUAUACCUAAAUAUCUAGGCGGUCAGCCUAAUAUUCCUCGUAGACAAUCAAUAGAACAACAGCCAAUUUAUGUAAACCAAGACGAUGUAAAGAAAAAUGAAACGAAGCAAGACAUAUCAGAAAGUGCACUUACUCAUAGCAUUUCAAUUUCAACUAGCUAUGAAGAAGAUAAAAAGAAUGCCCCAGAGGUUCAUGUUUCAAAAAUCAAUAUAGGCGGCGAUAGCGCGGUUGAAGUGAGAACAGUUGGAAAAAUUGAUGAUAAUGAUUCUGGUAUUGCAAUGAGCACUCUAGUUCAACAGACAGGUAAUAUCAAGAGAUUACCAAUCACCGAAAAGAAGAGUAUAUUCACUAUAGCGUAUGAUGAUGUUCAAACAAAACAACUCAGGCCAGACAGUAGUUCAACAUCAUAUUAAAUUAAAAUCAGCGUUGAGUGCCUUAUUGUUGUGAAUAUUAUUUCACUAUUUAUCAAAUAUGAGACUACCUAUGUUAUUUGUUCCGUCCAGUAUUUUGAUAAUAAUCGACUGUAUAUGUAAAUAAGUAGAUAUUAUUAACAAUUUAUAAAUCAACUGCCUUUAUUUGAUGACUGGUAUUAAUAAUUAUUGUAAAAGUAUUCUUUUUUUAUGUAAAUAAAAAAACAAGUUGAAAUUAGUUAUAGGGAAAACAAUAUAAUUUAAAUUAAUUUAAGCUUUAAUAAUAACAAUGUAAAUAUUUUUAUUGAUCCCACUACGCAUGCUGUUACAGCGU